AUGUCCGCAUCAGUUGGAAAAUCAGACUGGAAAAUACUGACCGAAAACCCUAAUGCACGAGUAACUGGAGUUCAAGAAUCCCUCUUGCAAGAGAGUGAAAAGGACGUUCUAUGGUAUAGGGAUAAUUUUCUUGGCAAAGUCCACCAAAACUAUCUUGCGCCAGAUUCGCCGCGCGGGCCAUUGGCCAUUUCGCUAGCCAAGGACGGUACGAUAUACAAGGCACUGAUUCGAUCAAAUCUUGGUACAGAACGACUCUCUGUUGCUAUAGUCAAAGUUCAGAGAAGCACGAUGCGAAAGCUUUUUGGACUAUCCCCCACUUUAGAAAACAUCAUAUCCUCGAUGGGAUAUACUGUUCCAUCUCAUUUUCUCAAGCUAUGUAAAGACUCUAGUCUUCCAUCUGAACUGUUAUCCAUGGAAGAACGCCAAGUUAUUCGUUCGUAUAAAUUUGGCGUGGAAUAUAUUUCUAGUGGUCAAACAACUGAAGAGCAUGCAUUAUGCAAUACUCAUGAAAACGCAUCCCCUGCUUACAAAAAGUUUUUGACUUUUCUUGGUGAAACGAUCGAGUUGAGUGGAUGGAGAGGUUAUCGUGCUGGUUUAGAUGUUUCUGGAGCCAAUAAUACAGGAAUCCAGUCAGUGUAUACCAAAUGGCAAGGAUAUGAGAUCAUGUACCAUGUUGCCACGCUCCUCCCUCACAAACCCGAAGACAAGCAACAGUUGGAACGAAAAAGGCAUAUUGGAAACGACAUUGUCAUGAUAAUUUUUCAAGAUGAAAAGACUGCGUUUGAUCUUUCUAGUAUUACUUCACAUCAAAACCAUGUUGUUGCUUUGGUAACUCCCGAAGAGGAAGGAUAUAGAAUUCAAAUUGCCAGCAAGGCUGGCGUUCCAUCGUUUUUGCCUGAAAUACCAGAUCCGCCGCUUAUUCAGAUGGAUGCAAUGUCAAGAGACUUUUUCCUCCAUAAGCUUGUUAAUGCUGAGAGAGCAAGUUAUAAAGCACCCAGCUUUGCACCAAAGUUAUCACGUACCAGAUCGGUUCUCUUGUACGAUAUUGCAGUAAAGUUUCUUGGUUAA